AUGAGAUUGGCAAGAUUCGGAAUUCCUACCAUUUUAAAACGAUUACCAUUCACUUAACUAUAUAAAUUUAAGCCUAAUGUUGUUAAAUCAGUUGCCCUAGGAACCCUAUUCGCAGGUCUUACAUGGAAAUAAGCUCUAAGAUUGGAUGAGUUCCAAAGCACAGUAGUCUCAGAUGUCAAUGAAUUCUGUUGUGUACUCGUUUUGGAAUUGACUGAUGGAGAUGCUAAUCUGUAACAUGAAGCCUUAAAUGCUCUAAAAGAAGUACCAAAACUCGUUCAGAAUAAAUCCAAUGAGGAUGGUAUUAAUCAUUAAAUAUUAUCUAGAUGAACUUGAUCCUGUCACUGUGGGUGUUGGAUUUUAAACCAAGUUUUGGGAAAAGUUAACAAGGACACCUUAAGCUGAUUAUGAAGCCAGAGCUGGUGCUUAUGGAUCUAUGCCAUAUGGUAAAGGAAAUGUGAUUGUACAUGUCAAAGCUCAAAAUAGAUCCCUAGCAUUCGAAACUAUAUAAGUAUUCUAUAUAUGAUAUUCACAUUUUAGAAAGUAGUAAAAAGUUUACCAAAAGGUUCUUAUCGGGUAGUAUCUGAAAGAUAUGGAUAUAAAUAUUAAGAUGGAAGGGACAUGAGUGGAUUUUUAGAUGGGACCAUGAACCCUAGUCUUAAACAACAAAGAUAGAAAGUUGCUGUAAACGAAAGAGGAGGCAGCUAUAUGAUCCAUCAAAUUUGGCAUCAUAAAUUAGAUUGGUUAGACAAAGUUACUGAAGAAGAUUAAGAGAAAAUGGUGGGAAGAAAGAAGUCAAAUUCGUUUGAGUUGAGGCCCCUCCCUAUUGACAGUCAUGUUACUAGAACCAGAAGUGAGGAUAACAAGAGAUUAUUGAUUGUCAGAUAGUCUCAACCAUUUGGUACUGUUACAGGAGAUCAUGGCUUACUCUUUAUUGCUUAUGCCAAGGAUUUAACUAACUUUAACACUAUGCUUGAUAGAAUGACAGGAAAAGGAGAUGGAAUCAAUGAUCAAAUAAUGAAGAUGUCCAUGUAUUAUGUCUUUGUUAUAAUAGUAACUCAUAUGGAAAUUAUUUCUAUGUGCCAAGUGUGCAAGAACUAUAAAAAAUAUGAAGAGAAUAAUAUAUAGAUAUAUAUAUAUUUAACAUAAUUUAAUUAUUCAAC